CACUCUCUCCCAUUAUUACUUCCUCCAGGCUGUUGUUAAUUAAUUAUUAGUAUUAGUUGUUGCUUGCGGCAUCCCUUCGCCUUUCUCCUUUUCCACCCUCGUUUCAAUCUAUUUACUUUUCUUUCUUUCUCCUUCUUCUUCCCUCCUUUUCCUAAUCCACUCAUUUAAUUCAAUUCCUGCCCUCCUCUCCGCCCUGUAAUACCAUUAUCACACCUUGCUGCCCUCAGUUCUCCUCUCUCGCCCUCAUCCGUUCUCCCCCCUUGCUGGAAUCACCUCGACAUCCGUUUGUCCUGCCCCGCCGCGUUGCAUAAGACGUUUCGACGACACUCUUGUGCUCGGACCCGUCCUCUCGUCGCCUGUCGCCUAUCAAAGAAUAGCUCCAGGGCGCGCCUUGUCUAGAAGCCUGCUAGAAAACAGCUCUCGUGCACAUUUAUAGGAAGCAGUCCCAUCAGUCUGCUUUUUAGCACAGAACCCGUGUUGAAACCCGCCCUCCGUUGAACUGGUCCGGUCUCAGCUACCGGGCUCAAGUUGACGUUCAAGACGGCGGUUCUCUCCCCGAUUCAGGGCAGUCCUGUCCUUUCCCGGCAUUGGCUCGCAAUGCAAACGUCGGACGUCGCACACGCGCCCAAUUCUAUCGUGGGAAAUCGCUUAAUGCAGCCAGUUUCCAAACUACCCAACCCAGGCCCAGAUUCUACCGGUUUCUCCCACGGUGCGUACGCCGGUAAUUUGUCGUUCGCCGACCGGAACUCCCGUCGGGCCAACAUUCCCGCCAUCAAUACAAGCACGACCGGUCAAACCUCGGGUGAUAUCACCAGUGCCAACAACGCCUUCGAUAUGAAUUUUGCCCCGUUACUUCCAUCACAGCUGCUUCUGGGGAGCCCUUUCCAGACAGGCACCCCGUCUUUUGCAUCUCCCCAGUUCCAGACUUUCCAAGGAUUCCCCCAGGCCAACGGCAACUCCCAUGGACAGACCUCUCAGAAUCAACUCAAUAGCCCUACUCAGGCCCAGCAUAACCCUCUGUCUCCGCAGUUGUACCAAAAUCUAGUUUCGCCUGAUGGAAUGGGACCCUCUCCAUUGCUAGGAGGACCGCAAUCACCUGUCGGGGGCUUCCCUGGGUUUGCAAAUGCCUUCGGGACCGCGAAUCCGUCGCUUCAGCCUGGCAUUCUGUCCGGUACAAGCCGUACUGUCUACCUUGGAAACCUUCCAGCGGAGACAACCGCAGAGGAGAUUCUGGGCCAUGUUCGAAGUGGCCAAAUUGAGUCAGUUCGACUCUUGCCAGAUAAGAACUGCGCGUUCAUUUCUUUUUUGGAUAGCAGCUCGGCGACUCAUUUCCACUCGGACGCGAUCUUGAAAAAGCUCUCGAUUAAGGGCAAUGAUAUCAAAAUUGGAUGGGGCAAACCUUCCCAAGUCCCUACCUCCGUGGCACUUGCAGUUCAGCAAUCAGGAGCGUCGAGAAACGUUUACCUGGGGAAUCUCUCUGAGGAUGUCGCCGAAGAAGAGCUCCGUGAGGAACUUGGCAAAUUCGGUCCCAUUGACACCGUGAAGAUUGUUCGUGAGAAAUCGAUCGGCUUCGUUCACUUCCUUUCUAUCAGCAAUGCUAUUAAGGCUGUGAACCAGCUACCUCAGGAGCCGAAGUGGCAGCCUCCAAAGCGCGUUUACUACGGCAAGGAUCGAUGUGCCUAUGUUUCGAAGACCCAGCAACAGAAUGCCGCUCAGUACCUAGGAAUUGCCCCUGGUUAUGCACAUAUGUUGAACUCUGCAGAUAGGGACCUGAUUUCGAAUGCUCUCGCUCAGCAAUCAGUUGCAGCAGCAGCAGUUGCAACUGCUGCAGGUGGAGUGAACAAUCUCGGAAACCGAACCGUGUAUCUCGGGAAUAUCCACCCUGAGACAACAAUCGAAGAGAUUUGUAAUGUUGUUCGUGGAGGCUUGCUGCAUCAUAUCAGAUAUAUUCCCGACAAGCACAUUUGCUUCGUGACGUUUAUUGAUCCGACAUCUGCCGCUUCGUUUUAUGCGCUGAGCAACUUGCAGGGUCUGAUGAUCCAUAACAGACGCCUCAAGAUUGGGUGGGGAAAGCAUUCUGGUGCUUUGCCGCCGGCGAUUGCACUCGCUGUCAGCGGAGGCGCUUCUCGAAAUGUUUACAUUGGAAACCUGGAUGAAUCUUGGACUGAAGACCGCUUGCGGCAGGACUUCUCGGCUUAUGGGGAGAUUGAACUUGUGAAUGCUCUCAGAGAGAAGAGCUGUGCAUUUGUCAACUUCACCAACAUUGCGAAUGCCAUCAAGGCGAUUGAAGGCAUGCGCGGCCGUGAGGAAUACAAGCGGUUCAAGAUCAAUUUCGGCAAGGAUCGAUGCGGCAACCCUCCUCGCCAACUCAACAAUGGCCAACCAGCACGGACAGAUGGAAACAACUCGCUUCUUAAUGGAGGCCUUCAGAGUUCUCUUAAUCAAGGUGGACAACAAUCGAGCCCCACCGGACCUGCACUAUCUCCUGCUCCCGGUUCGACUGGCUCACAAGGAGCAAAUGGGCAGCAAACCCGACAUCCAUUGCAGGCAAUUCCAACCCCGUCUUCCAUCCUAAACACCGGCGCCAAUAACCCGCUGACGAUGUACCUUAACCAUGUGUCUCAGCAGCAAGCUCAGGAGCAGGAGAACCGAUUGAACGGUUCAAUGGGCUUUGGCUCCCUCCAACAGCAGCAGCAACAGCCGUCACAUCAACAGCAAGGCUUCGCCCACCAGCAAGCCGGUUUAUACAAUGGCACCGGGGCCAGUGACAAUAGUAGUUCCGUGGAGAGUUCCCUUCAUCAACAAAAGCCGUCCAACCACGGGCUAUUGAACGUUUCGGGUGCGACCAGCUCUGGGCAUCAUGCUUCCAGCGGUGCCACGUUGAGCGUUCCACGUGCCCAACACUCACGGGCCGUCAGCCUUCCAUCUUUCUCGCAAGAGCCGUUUGGACAAAAUCACAACCUAUCGAGUCGCUCCGGAAUGGCCCAUCAACCACAGGGCAGCUUCUCUGGUUUUGGCGGGCUAGGCGGUCUAAAUCAUAACGGAUUCGGACUCUCCAUUUCUAAUGAGAAUUCGCUUCCAGGAUGGGCCGAAGAAGAAAUUAGAGCAAAAUAAUUUAUGACGUAUUGUAUUAUUUAGCGGCUUUGAUUUUCUUUCUCAUCUUACUUCUCCGGCUUUCUACCCCUUUGCACCACUUUUAUAUGUGCUUCCCCCUGUUGUCCCGUUCCCCCCCCGUUCCCCUUUUUGUAUUAGUUAUAAUCAUCGUACGUGUUUUGGAAACUUUCUUUUUCCCGCUUUUUUCUCAUCUUUGCCAUUUAAUUUGCACUAUCUGCGAACAUAUUAUAUAUAUUUUUUUAAUUUGUCUUGCUAAUCGAUUUAGUCCUCGGCGGGUGCAAUCGUUCUGGACCGGUCGUUAUCUGACAUGAAGAUGGAGCACAAAGAUGC